AGUUGGGUCUUAGCCCAUUCGGUCGAGUGCUUCCCAGUUCCACCCAUCUCAAGCCACGCUACGCUCAGACACUAGUCAGCACACAAUUAGCAGUAUAGCAUAAACUGAGGUGAAGGUUUAUACCUUUUAGUGUUCCAUCAAAGUUUUCAUUGUUAAAUUUCCGCAUCUUUGCAAAUCCACACUCGUUUCAUUCUAAGGAACUUGUGGUUUUUCUACCCACUUUUGAUUGGUGGCUUUUGAAAUAUCAUUAUUUACAGCAAUAAAUCAGUUAUAGAAAAUGGCUUACUUGAGAAAUGCAAAGCGUCCACUUGAGAUCUUAUUGCACAAUACAAGGCUGAGUAGUUGUGGUGGGCAUGGAUUCUCUACUUGGGCAACCAAACGAACCUCCUUUGCUCAUUCUUCAGAUACCAAAGUCUCCAAAACUGCUUACUUCUGUUGGGUUUCAAGAAGAUUAAGCUCUCAGGCAUCUUCUUCUGCUGAGCAAAUUAGCCUUAUCAAACAACUUAGGGAAAGAACAAGUGCACCCAUAAAAGAUGUCAAGGCUUCUCUUGUUGAUUGCAAUUGGGAUAUUGAGGCUGCACAGAAGGAUUUAAGGAAAAGAGGAAAGGUUUUGGCCAUGAAAAAGUCAUCGAGGACCGCCUCUGAGGGUCUGCUUGCUCUUGCCCAGAAUGAGGGCAAGGCUGCUAUAGUUGAACUAAAUUGCGAGACAGAUUUUGUUGCAAGGAAUGAAAUUUUUGAGUACUUGGCUUUGGCUUUAGCAAAGCAAGCUUUGUUGGUUGAGAAUUCUUCCCAACAGGUUCCUGGGGUUUUUUCGUUUGGCCCGGAGUGUUUAGAGGACCUCAAAUUUAAUCUUGAACAUCCAAAAAUCAGUGGGGAGACAACUGUUCAAAAUGCAGUUACAGAAGUGGCUGCAAUGAUGGGAGAGAAUGUAAAACUCAGGAGGGGUUUUGUGAUGUCAUCAUUUCCUAAUGGUGUUGUUUCUGCUUACCUCCAUAGAAGUCCUCAACCAGGUUUGGGUCGAAUUGCUGGAAUUUUAUCUCUUGAAGUAGAGAAUGGGAUUUCUCAAUUGAAUGCCCUUCAGAAGGUUGGCUCAGAGCUAGCAAUGCAUAUUGUGGCAACAAAGCCAUUAUUCUUGGCAAAGGAAUUUGUAACCUCUGAUGCACUUAAUAAUGAACGUGAGAUUUUAAGGUCUCAGGCCGAAAGUACUGGUAAGUCUCAGAUGGCCAUAGAGAAAAUGGUUGAAGGUCGUCUGCGUAAAUACUUCGAGGAGGUUGUUCUUAUGGAGCAAAAGUAUUUCUUAAAUGACUCUCUAAGUAUAAAGACAAUUUUGGAUAAUCUAUCAAAGGAAGUCGGCUCAACUGUGAAGAUUGGGAACUUUUUCAGAAUGGAAGUUGGAGAAGGAAUUCAAAGGCUAGAAGCGUCAAGUACGGAAGAACCUGUUGCUCAGGCUGUUUAGUUAAAGAGGUAGGUCCAUAAUUUCAUCUCUGAACUGGGGGCAGAGGGUUUAACCCUGAAGCAGUUAUCAUAUUUUACUUUUCUCCUGAUUUUGAAGAUCUCAUUGUGCCUUCCUCUGCACAGACCUGUUCAUUCCUGUAAUGACUAUGGGGGCAUUUUCCUGUAAUUAUAUAUGCUUAAGAAGCGUUAUUAUUUUCUUGAUGACAUCAAAUGCUCUUUAUUUUUGUUUUA